GUCCCAUUGAAAAGGCUGCCGCACUCCGGCCGCCCAGCACUCUCUCACUUCUGGCCAGGGAACGUGGAAGGCGCACCAGGGAGGGCGAGGGAAAGAAGGAAAUAGGAAAGAAAGGGGGUUAGCAAAAUAAAAACAGCCUGCGCCACAGCCGGAGAAACCGAGACCCAGCGCAAGAGCGCGCAGCCUUAGUGGGAGAGGAACGCGAGACUCAGCAGAGCACACUCAGCACUGACUUCUGCGGCUUCUUCUGCUUUUUCUUUCUUAGAAACCAGAAGGCGCUAGCGACAGCCUCACACGCGAGCGCCACGCGAGGCUCCCGAAGCCAACCUGCGAAGGGAGGAGGGGAGGGUGGGAGGAGGAGGCGUAGACAGAGGAGAAAAAGCUUUUGCGGCUUCUUUGCUCCUUCUCUAAGAAGUCUCCCGGGGGGUUUGUAUUUUUGUAACUUCCCUCGGUCUCCCUCUUCAUCCUUCCCCUUCUUUCCCUCUCUGUUCGCGCACCCAAGUCGUGUCCGUGUCCCCCUCGCGCGCCCCGCACCUCGCGUCCCAGCUCGCUCUGAUCCCGCGCCUCCUUGGCUGCCGCUGCGCAUGGAGAGCUCUGCCAAGAUGGAGAGCGGCGCGGUUCAGCAGCAGCCACAGCCGCAGCCGCAGCCGCAGCCUCAGCCUCAGUCCCAGCCCCAGCCGCCCUUCCUGCAGCCCACUGCCUGCUUCUUUGCUACUGCCGCGGCGGCGGCGGCGGCGGCAGCGGCGGCGGCUGCUGCGCAGAGCGCACAGCACCAGCAGGCAGGGCAGCUGAGCCCCGCGGCCGACGGCCAGCCCUCAGGGGGCGGUCACAAGUCAGCGCCCAAGCAAGUCAAACGCCAGCGCUCGUCCUCGCCCGAACUGAUGCGCUGCAAACGCCGGCUCAACUUCAGCGGCUUCGGCUACAGCCUGCCGCAGCAGCAGCCGGCCGCCGUGGCGCGCCGCAAUGAGCGGGAGCGCAACCGGGUCAAGUUGGUCAACCUGGGUUUUGCCACCCUUCGGGAGCACGUCCCCAACGGCGCGGCAAACAAGAAGAUGAGCAAGGUGGAGACGCUGCGCUCAGCGGUCGAGUACAUCCGUGCGCUGCAGCAGCUGCUAGACGAGCACGACGCGGUGAGCGCUGCCUUCCAGGCGGGGGUCUUGUCCCCCACUAUCUCCCCCAACUACUCCAACGAUUUGAACUCCAUGGCCGGCUCACCGGUGUCAUCCUACUCGUCCGACGAGGGCUCUUAUGACCCGCUCAGCCCCGAGGAGCAGGAACUUCUAGACUUCACCAACUGGUUCUGAGGGGCUGGCCUGGGCAGGCCCUGGUGCGCAUGGACUUUGGAAGCAGGGUGGCCGCACAACCUGCGUCUUUAGUGCUUUCUCGGACUUUGGGAGGGAGGAAAAAGAAAAAGAAGAGAAGAAGCAAGAAAAAAACUCCACAAAAAUACAAAAACAGGCAACCAACCCCAAGGCCAACUAAGCACAUAUGCCUGAGAGGCCAGGCCCUCAGGAAACAGGGUUGCUCAGAACACUAUCUUUGCACUCCAAUCGUUCACGGAGAUAUGAAGAGCAACCAGGACUUGAGUCAACGCGCAAUAUGCAGCUUGUGUGCAAAAUCAGUGGGGCUCCUGGCAGAAGGGAGCAGCAGACGCACCAGAGUAACUCCCAUCCACCACUAACACACACCGCUGAAAGCGCUGGCUCCCCUGCCUUCACCUCCUACCCUUCCACCCUCUCUCAAAGCGCUGUUCUUGACUCCCUAGAAUUGAGUUGGUAUCCUUCACUCAGUAAAGCCUACCCCAAUAAGCUGAAGAUGGGAGUCUACAGUGAAACUAUGCUAUACUCGUCCUUCGAAACCCUGCUCCUCCUCGGGGCCCCAUCCCCAAACCCUCUGCCCUCCCUCUCAUCAUCUUUUCUACUGUUUUCAUCAUAGAAUGCUUCCAAUCUUUUGUGAAUUUUUUUAUUAUAAGAAAAAUCUAUUUGUAUCUAUCCUAACCAGUUUGGGGAUAUAUUAAGAUAUUUUUGUACAUAAGAGAGAAAGAGAGAGAAAAAAAAUUUAUAGAAGUUUUGUACAAAUGGUUUAAAAUGUGUAUAUCUUGAUACUUUAACAUGUAAUGCUAUUACCUCUGCAUAUUUUAGCUGUGUAGUUCACCUUACAACUGCCAUUUCCCCUCUGUGGUUUUGUAAAGAACUCUCCUCAUAGGCGAGAUCAAAAGGCCACCAGAUGUACUUCAGCACCAAUGUGUCUUACUUUAUAGAAACGUUGUUAAUGUAUUAAUGAUGUUAUUAAAUACUGUUCAAGAAGAACAAAGUUUAUGCAGCUACUGUCCAAACACAAAGUGGCGGCCAGUUGGUUUCGAUGGGCUGCCUUUUGGAAAUUUCUAUCACUGCCUUUUUUUUUUCUUACUGUUUUAUUACAAACUUACAAAAAUAUGUAUAACCCUGUUUUAUACAAACUAGUUUCGUAAUAAAACUUUUUUUUCCUUUUUUCAAAAUGAAAACA